AUGUCGUUAGAGGGAGUCGCUGAGCAUUGCUAUAAUAUAACACAGUCUUAUUUAGACUUAGCAAAUCAGACAUCCAUAGUGGACGAAACGAAGGAAGCAAUUAAACUGACUAGAGAUUACUUGUUGAAGGAUAUCUUCAAAAGAUGGGAUCCCUUCAGUGGUCAAAUCUCCUUCUCAUACAACGGAGGUAAGGACUGCCAAGUACUAUUGAUAGUGUACCUGUCUUGUUUGUGGGAGUUCUUUAAGGAAAGCAUAAGGAUAUCACAAUUCUCCCUCAAGUUCCAGAAGUUUCCGCUUGAAUAUCUUCCAACUGUCUACAUCGACCAGGCGGAAACUUUUCAAACGCUCGAAGAUUUCAUAGAGCUCACAAAAAAUCGAUACUUCCUAUCAUUGUAUGAAUCGCCGCGAAAUCAGACGAGCAUGCCACAAGCCUUCAGAAAUUAUUUGGAUUUAAAUGAAAACACAGAGGCUAUCGUGAUAGGUAUACGACACACAGAUCCAUAUGGUGAAAAAUUAAAGUGCAUAGAGAGGACUGAUUCGAACUGGCCCGAUUUUAUAAGACUUCAGCCUCUGCUGCACUGGAAGCUAGCGAAUGUUUGGAGUCUGUUGCUAUACUCUGGAGAAGAGCUCUGCGGAUUAUAUGAAUACGGGUUUACGUCUAUAGGGGGUGUUAACACCACUAGACCAAAUCCGUUCUUGAAGAAAGGCCCCGGCGAAGACAAUGGCGAAGCUAUUACAAACCAUUUCAGUUGGGAAAUCUCAAACGCAUAUGGCAAAGCACAGGAAGAUUCAUCCGUUCCUGUUACGCGUGUUUCGGAUGCAGAUCUCGAUAUCAUUCAAAAAACCGAUGACUCGGCAUACUAUCCCGGCUGGUUUCUGAUAGAGGACUCGAAGGAGCGUGCUGGGAGGUCAUAA